GGGGGAACCAGCCUACGUGGUGCCUGCUCCUCUUCCAUGCCGAGCAGAGAUAAACCUCCGACUGGAUACUUUAUAAUCUCAAAGUUACUCCAAAAUGUCGUGUUUACAUAGACGACCUAAGAGGACGAAAUCCCAAGAGCUGGCUUUCCAGGAGCAGUUGUACAAAGUUGCUUUGGAGAACGGAAGACGCCUAGGUUUGGAAGGAGACCCGGAUCUACAUUUCCUUCUGGCUGGAGGGCAGCUGGUGAAGAUUCGCUCAAACACCUGGAAGAAGGAACGCUUCUUCAAACUGCAGGAGGACUGCAAAACAUUUUGGCAUGAGUCCCAAAAACCAUUCAGAAAAAACAAGACCUUCUCCAUCGAUGACAUCGAUUCAGUGCGCAAGGGCCGCCAGUCCGAGGGUCUCACCAAACACACACACCCCAGCGUUGAAGCGCAAUGCUUUGCCAUUAUCUUCAAGGGCCGCGAAAAGAAUCUGGAUCUGAUGGCAAGCAAUGAGGUGGCGGCCAAACAGUGGGUCAACGGCAUAGAGAAGAUCAUCCACAACAUGAAAAACCUCAGCCGUCAGCAGAAGAGUGAGCACUGGAUCAUCAACUGCAUGCGGAAAGCAGACAAGAAUGAGGACAACCAGAUGACCCUGAAGGAGGUGAAGCACUUCCUGCGACAGAUCAAUGUUGAAGUGGACGAUACGUACGCAGAGGAAAUUUUCAAGAAAUGUGACACGUCUAAUUCAGGCUCCUUGGAGGGCUCAGAGAUCAAACACUUCUACGAUCUGCUGACACACCGAGAGGAGAUUGACGUGAUUUAUGGGAAUUACGCUGAAUCAGACGGUGAGAUGAGUGCCAGAGACAUUCUGAACUUCCUGUUGAAUGAGCAGAGGGAAAAGGCAUCAAUGGGGGACGCUCUCAAGCUGAUUGAAAAGUACGAGGUGGAUGAAACAGCGAAGCAGCAGAAUCGCAUGACUAAAGAUGGGUUCCUGAUGUACCUGCACCAUGAGGAUGGUUCCAUCCUCAACCCAGCCCACAAAGAAGUGUAUCAGGACAUGAGCCAGCCCCUCAACGAUUAUUACAUCUCUUCCUCACACAACACGUACCUGAUGGAGGACCAACUCAAAGGACCCAGCAGCACGGAGGCCUACAUAAAAGCGCUGAUGAAGAGCUGUCGCUGUGUGGAGCUGGAUUGUUGGGACGGAGCGAACGGCGAGCCUGUUAUUUACCACGGCUACACACUCACAUCCAAAGUGCUCUUCAGAGACGUCAUCAAAGCCAUCAAAGAGUAUGCCUUCAAAACGUCAGACUACCCAGUGAUCCUGUCGCUGGAGAACCACUGCACGGUGGAGCAGCAGAAACUCAUGGCCCAUUACAUGAUCUCCAUUCUUGGUGAUGCUCUGGUCACAAAACCCCUGGGGAACACGAUGCCUACCAGCUUCCCGUCACCUGAGGAGCUGAGAGGCAAGUUCCUCGUCAAAGGAAAGCGACUGAACAAACUGAAUGCUGCCUUCAACAAUAACAGCACCAUAGAGGAAGAAACUGUGUCUGAGGAAGACGAGGCAGCAGAGAGUAAGGAGAAUGGACAAAAAGCCAAAUCAAAGAAAUCAAAAAUUAAACUUGCCAAAGUUCUCUCGGACAUCGUCAUCUACUGCAAAAGUGUUCAUUUUAAUGGCUUUGAACACGCCAAGGAAAACCAGAACUUCUAUGAGAUGUCGUCCUUUAAGGAGGGCAAAGCUUUCAACCUGGCUGACACAGCAGGUACAGCCUACAUCCAUCACAACAUGGACAAACUCAGCAGGAUCUACCCAGCAGGCUCCAGAACUGACUCCUCCAACUACAACCCAGUGCCCAUGUGGAACGUCGGCUGCCAGAUAGUGGCGUUGAACUUCCAGACGCCCCACAAGGAGAUGCACAUAAACCAGGGCCGCUUUCUGCCAAAUGGUUUUAGUGGCUAUAUCCUGAAACCUGAGUUUCAAAGAAGUCUUUCCUCUCAGUUUGAUCCCACCACACUCACCAAAGGGCCAUGGUUACAGAAGAAGACCUUUCAUGUCAUGGUGAUCUCAGCUCAGCAGUUACCAAAACUCAACAAAGACAAACACAAAUCCAUCGUCGACCCUCUGGUGAGAGUUGAGGUUUAUGGUGUCCCAGCAGACAACGCCAGCCAGGAGACACACUACAUCGAAAACAAUGGGUUCAACCCCAUGUGGAAUGAGAAAUUCCGGUUUGACAUCCACGUCCCAGAACUGGCCAUGGUGCGAUUUGUGGUUGAAGACUAUGACUCAACGUCUCCGAAUGAUCUCGUCGGGCAGUACUGUCUGCCACUUACCAGUGUACAGAGCGGAUAUCGCCAUGUCCCGCUGCUCACCAAGAGAGGAGACAUCAUCUGCUCAGCCGGACUGUUUUUGCAUAUCAUGCUCAUCGACGCUCAGUAGGCACCAGUUUUGGAAACCCUCAGCACCACAUUUUUUGAAGACCUUAAAGGAUUUAUUUUCCAGCUUUUAAAACUAAAUAAUAUAACUGAUCAACAGUCAGAGACUUCAGCGGCUGACUCACUCUUGUCCGUGUAACAGUUUCCUGUCAGUGUAUAAUUUUAGCCUUUGGAAGAAAAAAAAGGCGUGUAAGCUAAGAAAGCAAGAGGGAAAAAUGUGAAUGAAAGAGUCGUGAAUGAGCAUUUUAACACGUUAUUUAAAGAGAGUCAUUGAACUGUUUUUGCCAUAUUUUGGAGAAGAAUGAUGUGAAUGGUAAGGUGUAAUAUCUGAAUAAUGUUCUGAUGUUUUGGGAUUUCAUUUGAGGCAAUAAAGAAAGCUUUGUCAAACUUAUAGUAAGCUGCUCAACAAGCACUCAUCCAUGUUAGUGUUCUAUGACUCCAACUAUAACCAGGGAAAGAGAUUGAUGUCUUUACUUUUAGCGUAACUUUGUUCAUUUGUGUUCCAUAGAAACAGUGUCAACAGUAUGAAAUAAAAACAUAAUGUCUGGACAGAGGAGCGACAUAUUUGUCUGUACACGUGUUCAGGUGUCUUAUCAUGAAGUGUAUUUUCAAUGUUGGUUUCAUUUUUUAAAAAACAGAAUUGGAUGCUUUUUAACUUCCUUUUCACAACUGAUAUGUAGAGAAUAUCUCAAUGUUUUUUUUCUAUGUGAAUCUUCUUAAAACAUUUUAAACGUAACACAGUUUAUCAAGUACAUUGUGUCAGAACAAUCCUGAUAUUUUUUUAACUAUCUUUAACUUUUCUGUUUUUUGUCAUGUGGUUACCUAAAGCAGUUUUACAUGACAGAUCUUUCAGUGUCUUUCUUUUCAGUACAGUAUGUCUUGUCACUUUUGCAACAUUUGCACAAGCUCCCAAAUAAAACCAGCAGUCUUGUUAAA